AUGUGGUUUUCUGCCUCUUUCCUUCUGUCGGCCCUUGCCAUACCACAGGUCCUCGGAGCCUCCAUCCCGUCCACCUCCGAGCCCAAAUCAUGCGUCAACAGUCCGACCAACCGUGCAUGCUGGCGAGACGGGUACAACAUCUCCACCAACUACUAUGAGGAGGUCCCCGAUACCGGGGUUACGCGCGAGUACUGGUUCAAUGUGGAAAAUACCACCGCCGCUCCGGAUGGCGUUGAGCUACCUGUCCAAUUGAUCAAUGGCACCUUCCCUGGUCCCACGAUUAUCGCAGACUGGGGAGACACAGUCAUCGUGCAUGUCACCAACUCUCUGCAGAAUAAUGGAACGGGUCUGCACUUCCACGGAAUUCGCCAGAACUGGACGGACCAGAUGGACGGUGUGCCGAGUAUCACCCAGUGCCCCAUCGCUCCGGGGCAGUCAUACACUUACAAAUGGCGCGCUGUGGAGUAUGGAACGGGCUGGUAUCACUCCCACUUCUUCGUCCAGGCGUGGGAUGGUGUCUUUGGUGGAAUCGUGAUCAAUGGUCCUGCCACAGCCAACUACGACGUGGACCUGGGUCACCUUUUCCUUAACGAUUGGUAUCAUAAAACGGCCGAUGAACUCGUCCUCGAGGCCGCCACGGAUGGACCGCCCACACCCCCCAACGGCCUAAUCAACGGGACGAAUACCUAUGGCAGCAACGGUUCACGCUUUGAGACAACCUUUGACGCGGGCACCAAAUACCGCCUUCGCCUGGUCAAUGCUGCGGCUGACAACCACUUCCGCUUCAUGAUCGAUAAUCACACGAUGGAAGUGAUCGCGGCGGACUUUGUCCCUAUCCACCCUUACAACACCACCCAACUAAGUAUCGGGAUGGGCCAGCGUUACGAUAUUAUCGUCACGGCUAAGCAACUGAACAGCGGGAACUUUUGGCUUCGCGCCAUCCCCCAGGAGGCCUGCUCCGAGACGGAUGCCUUGAACAACAUCAAGGGCAUCAUACGCUAUGACAACUCUUCCACAGCAGACCCUACUACCUCGGCCUGGAGCUACACCGAUUCUUGUGCCGACGAGUCCUCCUCUGAUCUCAUCCCCUACGUAGCCAUCGAUGCCUCGGACAGUUUCGCCUACAGUACGACUGAGGAGGUUGCGAUUGAGGUCGCUGAGAACGCUCUGCUGUGGACCAUGAACAAGACCACCUUCCACACCGAGUGGGAUAAUCCCACCCUGAUGCAUGUGGCAAACCACAACUACACCUGGGCGGCCAAGGAGCGCAUCAUCCAUCUCCCCUACCGGGACGAGUGGGUCUACAUGGUCGUCCACUCUCCCUUCGCUCAGGACCAUCCCAUGCAUCUGCACGGGCAUGACUUCUGGGUUCUAGCCUCCGGCUACGGUGAUUUCGAUGCCACGAUGUCCGAUGCCUUGACAUUGGUGAAUGCCCCCCGACGUGAUGUGGCCAUGAUGCCUGCCAGUGGUUAUUUGGUCAUUGCAUUCAAGACAAACAAUCCAGGUGCAUGGCUCAUGCACUGCCAUAUUGCCUGGCAUACUUCCGAGGGCUUCGCAGUGCAGCUGCUAGAGCGAGCCCCAGAGAUUACCUAUGACUACGAGAAGCUAAAUAACACCUGUGCCAGCUGGAAAAGCUACGUCGCGGCUCAGGAUGUGGUGCAGCACGAUUCGGGUGUUUGA